AUGCUGCCGAUUUUGUUCCUCAUAAUAAUUUGUUCCCAUGUUUGUAUGAAUCAAGAUUCUGGCCCUGAGUACGCAGAUGUGGUGUUUCUGGUGGACAGCUCUGAUCAUCUGGGGAGUAAGUCCUUCUCUCUUGUGAAAACUUUCAUCAACAAGAUGAUCAGCAGCCUCCCCAUAGAAGCCAACAAGUACCGCGUGGCCCUGGCCCAGUACAGCCACACUCUCCACAACGAGUUCCACCUGGGCGCCUUCAGGAGCAGGAACCCCAUGCUGAACCACCUCAAGAAGAACUUCAGGUUCAUCGGUGGGUCCCUGAAGAUAGGGAAUGCCCUGCAGGAGGCUCACCGGACCUAUUUCUCUGCUCCCACAAACGGAAGAGACAGGAAACAGUUUCCUCCCAUCCUGGUGGUGCUGGCUUCAGCAGAGUCUGAGGAUGAUGUGGAUGAGGCUUCAAAGGCUCUUCGGGAAGAUGGGGUGAAAAUCAUCUCAGUGGGGGUGCAGAAGGCUUCUGAGGAAAACCUGAAGGCCAUGGCCACAUCUCAGUUUCAUUUCAACCUUCAGACAGUCAGAGACCUCAGCACGUUUUCCUCAAACAUGACUCAGAUCAUCAAGGACGUAACUAAGUAUAGUGAAGGAGCAGGUGAUGACAUCCUUGUAGAAGCUUACCAAGGCUCCUCUGUGGCUGACGUUGUGUUCCUGUUGGAUAUGGCCAUUAAUGGCAGUCAGGAGAACCUUGACCAUCUUAAAGCAUUCCUGGAAGAAAGUGUCUCUGCCCUUGACAUAAAGGAGCACUGCAUGAGGGUUGGUCUGGUGGCCUAUAGCAAUGAGACAAGUGUCAUCAGUUCACUGAGCAUGGGCAUUAAUAAGACACAAGUCCUGCAGCGCAUACAGAGCCUGUCUCCCCGGCUAGGGCAGGCGUACACUGGGGCCGCUAUCAGAAAGACCCGGAAGGAAGUCUUCAGUGCACAGAAGGGUAGUCGGAAGAAUCAGGGGGUACCCCAGAUUGCUGUGCUGGUGACCCAUAGAGCUUCUGAAGACAAUGUGACCAAGGCAGCUGCCAACCUCCGGCGCGAGGGCGUGACCAUCUUCACCAUGGGCAUAGAGGGGGCCAGCACUGCACAGCUGGAAAAGAUUGCAUCCCACCCUGCAGAGCAGUUUGCCUCCAAACUGAGCAACUUCUCAGAGCUGGCCACUCACAACCAGACAUUUCUGAAGAAGUUGCGGAAUCAAAUUAUACACACCGUCUCUGUCUUUUCAGAACGGACUGAAACUCUCAAAUCUGCCUGUGUGGACACUGAGGAAGCCGACAUCUAUCUGCUCAUUGAUGGUUCAGAGAGCACCCAGCCCACAGACUUCCACGAAAUGAAGACCUUUCUGUCAGACAUCGUGGGGAUGUUCAACAUCGCUCCCAACAAGGUACAGGUUGGGGCUGUACAGUAUGCAGACAGCUGGGACUUGGAAUUUGAGAUUGAUAAGUACACCAACAAGCCCGACUUGGGAAAGGCCAUUGAGAACAUCAGGCAGAUGGGUGGGAAUACCAACGCAGGUGCAGCCCUGAACUUCACACUGAAGCUGUUGCAGAAAGCAAAGGAGACCUGCAGAGACAUGAAAGCUGACAUCAUGUUUCUGGUGGAUAGUUCUGGAAGUAUAGGACCUGAAAACUUCAGUAAAAUGAAGAUGUUCAUGAAGAACCUUGUGAGCAAAUCUCAGAUUGGGGCAGACCGGGUGCAAAUCGGUGUAGUCCAGUUCAGCCAUGAAAACAAGGAGUUUUGCCUCAACACAUUCACGUCCCAAAGUGACAUUUCAAGUGCUAUAGACCGAAUGGCUCACAUUGGAGAAACAACCUUGACAGGCAGUGCCCUCACCUUUGUGUCCCAAUACUUCAGCCCAGACAAGGGGGCCCGACCCAAUGUCAGGAAGUUCCUCAUCCUCAUCACAGAUGGUGAGGCUCAGGACAUAGUAAGGGACCCAGCUUUAGCACUUCGGCAACAAGGUGUGAUUAUCUACUCCGUGGGGGUAUUUGGUUCCAAUGUCACCCAGCUUGAAGAGAUCAGUGGGAAACCAGAGAUGGUUUUCUAUGUUGAGAACUUUGACAUUCUGCAGCAUAUUGAAGAUGACCUCGUUCUGGGAAUAUGUAGUCCCUGUGAAGAAUGCAAGCGGAUUGAAGUUUUGGAUGUUGUGUUUGUCAUCGAUAGUUCUGGAAGCAUUGACUCUCAAGAAUAUAACAUUAUGAAGGACUUUAUGAUUGGCCUAGUGAAAAAAGCUGAUGUGGGCAAGAAUCAGGUCCGGUUUGGAGCGCUUAAGUAUGCUGAUGACCCGGAAGUGUUGUUUUAUCUAAAGGACCAUGACACAAAAUCGAAUGUGAUUAACGUGCUGGAGAGGGACCAGCCCAUGGGCGGUAAUACUUACACUGCGGAGGCUCUAGCCUUUUCAGACCACAUGUUCACCGAAGCCCAGGGCAGCCGCCUGCACAAGGGCGUCCCCCAAGUCCUCAUUGUGAUCACAGAUGGGGAAUCUCAUGAUUCAGAGAAGCUCAACGCCACUGCCAAGGCCUUGCGGGACAAAGGCAUUGUAGUCCUAGCUGUGGGGAUUGCUGGCGCCAAUACCUGGGAGCUGUUAGCCAUGGCGGGGUCAAGUGACAAGUACUACUUCGUGGAGACUUUUGGAGGCCUGAAGGGGAUAUUUUCCGAUGUGUCAGCCAGUGUCUGAAACUCUUCAAAAGUGGAUUGUGACAUUGAGAAAGUAGACCUUGUUUUCCUCAUGGAUGGUUCAAACAGCAUCCACCCAAACGACUUCACGAAGAUGAAAGAAUUCUUGGCAUCUGUUGUUCAAGAUUUUGAUGUCAGCCUCAACCGAGUGUGCAUAGGAGUGGCUCAGUUCAGUGACACCUACAAAUCAGAGUUUCUGCUGGGAGCUUUCACUGGGGAGAGGGAAAUAUCCAUGAAAAUUGAGAGCAUCCCGCAGAUCUUCGGAUACACCCACAUUGGUGAUGCCCUCCGUAAGGUGGGGCACUACUUCCAGCCAGAGACAGGCAGCAGGAUAAAUGCAGGUACCCCUCAAGUGCUUCUGGUCCUCACAGAUGGUCGUUCCCAAGAUGAAGUGGCUCAGGCUGCUGAAGAGCUGAGGCACAGAGGUGUAGACAUCUACUCAGUGGGCAUCGGGGACGUGGAUGAGCAACAGCUGAUCCAGAUCACAGGGACGGCAGAGAAAAAACUGACGGUCCAUAAUUUUGACGAACUGAAGAAGGUCAAGAAAAGGAUCGUUCGCAACAUCUGUACCACAGGGGGUGAGAGCAAUUGUUUUGUGGAUAUUGUGAUUGGAUUUGACAUCUCAAGUCAGCAGAAAGGGCAGAGCUUGCAGGAAGGUCAGCCUUGGAUGAACACCUACCUUCAGGCCAUCUUGCGUGCCAUCAGCUCCCUCAAUGGGGUAAGCUGUGAGGUGGGCACAGAGACUAAAGUGAGUAUGGCCUUUCAAGUGACAAAUGCUAUGGAAAAGCAUUCUUCCAAGUUUGAGAUCUACAGUGAAAACAUACUGAACAGCCUGCAUGGUGUGAUGGUUAACGGCCCAUCACUUCUCAAUGCAAACCUGUUGAGUUCCCUGUGGGAUACAUUUCAGAAUAAAUCAGCUGCUCGAGGGAAGGUGGUCCUUUUAUUUUCAGAUGGAUUGGAUGAUGAUAUUGAAAAACUUGAACAAAAAUCUGAUGAACUCAGAAAAGAAGGUCUGAAUGCCCUCAUAACCAUUGCCCUGGAUGGAGCUGCUGAUUCCAACAACCUGGCAGAUCUUCUCUACAUUGAAUUUGGGAAAGGAUUUGAGUACAGAACACAGUUCACAAUUGGUACGAGGGACCUUGGGAGUCAGCUAUCAAAACAACUGAUCAACGUGGCCGAACGGACAUGCUGCUGUUUGUUCUGCAAGUGCUUCGGAGGAGACGGUGCCGUGGGGGAUUCAGGCUCGCCAGGGAAGAAGGGAACCUCUGGUUCUAAAGGCAGUGAAGGCUACCUGGGAGAGGAGGGCACUGCUGGAGAAAGAGGAGCCCCUGGACCAGUGGGAGAGCAAGGCACUAAGGGGUGCUAUGGUGCCAAAGGGCCCAAGGGGGCCAGAGGACUCAGUGGAGAAGAGGGAGAAGUUGGGGAAAGUGGAAUCGAUGGAUUAAAUGGAGAACAGGGUGACAGUGGUCUUCCUGGAAGAAAAGGAGAAAAGGGUGAUGAAGGAUCCCAGGGAAGCCCAGGCAAGAGAGGGACUUCUGGAGACCAUGGAGCAAAGGGCCUGCGAGGAGAUCCAGGAAUUUCUGGAUUUGACAACAGCAUACAAGGACCCAAGGGCUUGAAAGGAGACCGUGGAAGACAAGGCAGAAGAGGCUGGCCGGGCUCCCCAGGGACACCAGGCUCCAGAAGAAAAGAGGUAGCUCGUGGCAAAAGGGGACAUACAGGCCCACAGGGAAAUCCAGGCAUUACAGGCCCAGAUGGACUUGAAGGCUCACCAGGACUUAAGGGUCCUCAGGGCUCAAGAGGAGAGGCUGGUGAAAAGGGAGAAAAAGGAAAUCUGGGAAUUAAAGGUCCCCAGGGGCCUCCAGGACUCGGGGGACAAGCAGGGAAUCAAGGCCAUUUGGGAAGCCAAGGAAGAAAAGGAGAACCUGGAGACCUGGGAGAAAAGGGAGCUACUGGCUUUCCUGGUCCUCGGGGCCUGCAGGGUGAUGAUGGCAGCCCGGGUUAUGGUAGCAUUGGCCGUAAAGGGACAAAGGGACAAGAAGGAUUUCCUGGAGAAAGUGGACCGAAGGGUGAGACUGGGGACCCUGGUGGUCCAGGAGAGACUGGACCCAAGGGAGCCAGAGGCAAAACGAUAUCUGCUGGGAUUCCAGGACAGCCAGGAUCCCCUGGGGACCCAGGACCUCCUGGACGGAAGGGCGUGAAAGGAGCCAGAGGACUGGCUUCAUUCUCCACAUGUGACCUCAUUCAGUAUGUGCGGGACCACAGCCCUGGCAGACAUGGAAAACCUGAGUGCCCAGUGCAUCCAACUGAGCUGGUGUUUGUCCUGGACCAGUCUCGGGAUGUCACAGAGGUGGAUUUUGAGCGCAUGAAGAGGAUGAUGGCCUCUCUGGUCAGGGACAUCAAGGUCAGGGAGAAUAGCUGCCCCGUGGGUGCACGUGUUGCCGUCCUUGCCUACAACUCCCACACCAGGCACCUCAUCCGCUUCUCUGACGCCCACGGGAAGGACCACUUGCUCAAAGAAAUUGAAGCUCUUCCUUAUGAGAGAUCCUCAGAUGGCAGGGAGAUUGGCAAAGCCAUGAGGUUUAUCUCCAGGAAUGUCUUCAAGCGAACCCUUCCGGGGUCUCAUGUGAGAAGAAUCGCCACGUUUUUCAGUGGUGGUCAGUCGGCCGAUGCCCAGUCCAUCACCACGGCUACCAUGGAGUUCAGUGCCCUGGACAUCAUGCCUGUGGUGAUUGCCUUCAGCAACGUGCCCUCUGUUAAGCGUGCUUUUGCGAUCGAUGACACUGGCACGUUCCAAGUCAUCAUGGUUCCCUCUGGGACUGACGACAUACCAGCGCUAGAGAGACUCCAGCGAUGCACUUUCUGCUACGAUCUCUGCAAGCCAGAUGCUUCCUGUGACCAAGCCAGGCCACCCCCAACACAGUCAUACCUGGACGCUGCGUUCCUGCUGGAUGGCUCCAGGCAUGUGGGAAGUGCCGAAUUCGAAGACAUAAGAGCCUUCCUGGGAGCACUGAUAGAUCACUUUGAAAUCACUGCAGAGCCAGAGACCUCCAUUGCUGGAGACAGGGUGGCCCUAUUGAGCCACGCGCCCCCCAACUUCCUACCCAACACUCAGAGGAGUCCCGUCAGAACCGAGUUCAACUUGACCACCUACAGCAGUAAGCGCCUCAUGAAAAAGCAUGUGGAACACGCAGUUCAGCAGCUGAAUGGGGAUGCUUUCAUAGGCCAUGCCCUACGGUGGACUCUGGAUAAUAUUUUUUUAAACACACCUAAUCUGAGGAGAAACAAAGUCAUAUUUGUGAUAUCGGCUGGGGAAACCAGUCACCUGGAUGGAGAAACCUUAAAGAAAGAGUCCUUACGAGCCAAAUGUCAAGGCUGUGCCCUUUUUGUAUUUUCCUUGGGUCCCGCUCGGAACGACAAGGAGCUGGAAGGCCUGGCCAGCCACCCUCUGGACCAUCACCUCAUCCAGCUUGGCCGGAUUCAUAAACCUGACCACAGUUAUGCUGUGAAGUUCGUGAAGUCCUUUAUAAACUCAGUCAGGCGAGCAAUAAACAAAUAUCCUCCCAUCAACUUCAAAGCAAAGUGCAACAGACUCAGCCCUGCAGAUCCAAAGCUGUCCCCACGCCAGUUUCAAAGCUUUGUUCCUGGACCACAGAAAGCGGCCCUCAAAGAUGCAUUAGAGGCGGCGAAAUUCUUUCAAGAUAAAAAAUAUCUUUCAAAUGUAGCAAGAGGUGGCAGAGAUGCUAUUCGAAAUUUUUCCAGAAACACAUUCUACACCUUUAAAAAUGGAAAAGGAGAGAUAGAGGUGACUUCCAAACAUAACAAAAGAAGUGCUCAGAGUUUAGCCGUAGAAAGAAACAAGGUCAGAAAUAACCAAAUUCACUCCAGAACUCUGAGCAGCUUUGACUCAGAUAUUGACCCGCCUCCAGACAGCCACUCUGGAGGGAGGAACAAACUGCCAGCUGUAGAUUAACAGGUAACGUGACCCCAGAACUCAUGGUACUAAGAUACAUCUCGUCCAUUUAUCUGUCAAUUCCAGUACUCUGAGACUGAUGUGUUUGAGAACUGUACCAUUAGAAGAUGGAAGCAUCAAAGAAGUGUUUUGGUUUAUUGGAGACAUAAAUUUGAAGUUGGUUUCAUAUAGUGUGUGCAUGUGUGUCAGAAACAGACCGAUGCAAAUUCUUUUGAUUGCAGCUCUCUGUUGUUCUGUAUACAAGCCUUCUUUUUAGUGUGUUUAAUACUUAUCUAUUUAAUCAAAGGUCAUUCAUGUUGUGGAGCACACAAACAUUUGCCCUAGAAACUGAUGCUCUUUGUAUUCCAUGUUUUUGGAAAUCUGACCUUUGUGACUUCUGUUUCCACACAGUACUGUCUGUAUAGACAGGCUCAUCCUGAGCUGGGCUGGUGUUGGAAGGCUGCCUCUUGCCCAGGCUGGUAAGAAAAAGAGUAACUCUCCAGCUGGAAUCCUAAAGUCAGCUAGAAACCCAUCAGCUCUCCAGGAACAUAAACCACUGCUUCGGGCUGGUGCCCUCUUCAUCACAGCACUUCCCGCCAAACCAUUUCAAUGGAUUUCUAGUCUUUUUUCCUUGUUAAGAUCACUUACUAAUUUUUACCAACCCAUAUAUUCCUCAGCCAAAAAGUGCAAAGAUACAACUUGUCGUGGGUUAGGCUCUGAGUUCCUUCUCCCCGGCAGGUAGCUACUGAGCUACAGUAAGCAGUACCAAACAGGACUGACAGAGCUGGGAAUGAAUACUGGGAAUGGUCAGAAAAUCCCUUUUAGUCUAUGUCUAAAUCCAUCUGGGUUGAGCGUAAGUCUUCAAAGAGCCUAGCCUCUAACAGCAUUCCCUGCCGGCGUUGACUCCAAGUCUCCACCCAUUUCAUCACUCUUAGGAUGGGGAUAUCAACUAAACGUCAAACUAGCACUGUUUAUUUAGAGGCACUAUUCAGCUCUUACCUCAGUCUACAGCUGGCUCCCUGGUUGGCAGCGUGGCUCUGCCUGCCGGAGCACGGCUGUCUGCAGGAAGGUCAGCAAGCCCUAUGUGGGUGUGUGAGGCAGGAGGUUGCUGACACCAACGACCAGUAGAGCAUGUCCGGGUUUCCUUCCUCUCAUGGAGUCUGGAAGGAAGAGCCAUGUGCAAUACCUUCUAAAAUCGCUCCUGCCAUCCUUCCUCAGGCAACUCCUCGGAGGCUGCUCUCAGUAUCUUCAGAGGAGCAAGUCGUCCAAGGAGUGUCAGUUCAUACUCAGGUAGCAGAAGAACAGAGUGCAUUAGGCUUCUUCAUCUAUCCUAAAUGGUGCUUAGAGGCUCAGCAGAGUUUCAUGUUUCAUAUACAGGAAAGUGCUGAGCAACACUUAAAGAGAUAUUUUAAUAACAGGGAUGUGUCUAAUUAAUGUUAGAUUGAGCACAGGCACCUUUUGUUUACUGUUGGAAAUACUUUGAAAAUGUAUUUGUUUUUUCUGUGUCGGAAAGUAAAGUACACCCCCCACCCCCAAAAAACCAAACUGUUCCCUUGGUGAUUAAAAUUAUUUUAGCAUCUUGGGUCAUAUUUUUAAUCAUUAACACGUUAAGGGUCUGAAUAGUGUUGCAAAUAGUUCACGUUUUAAAAACAAAUUUCUCAGGCCAUGCAUGAUGGGGACACACCUUUAGUCCCAGCACUUGGGAAGCAGAGGCAGGAGAAUCUCUGUGAGAUGUAGGCCAGUCUGGGCUACAUAAUGAACUCCAGGUUAGCUAGGGCUACAGGAACACCCUGUCUCAAAAAAUCAACCCCGAUCCCCCAAAAUCCACCAAAUUUCUCACACUAGAGAAAUGGCUCAGUGGUUAAGAGCAUUUAUUGCUCUUCCAGGGGAU